AUGUCUGAAGAAAUAUCUUUAUCAUUAGAAGAGACAAAUAAACUACGAAUCAAGGCAGGGUUAUCACCUAUACCAACGACAUCAUCACAACUGAAUGAAAAAGUUAGAGAAGUGAUAUCUUUAUCAAUUGAAGAAACCAAUAAAUUAAGACAAAAAAUUGGAUUACCUUUACUACCUACAACAACAACAACAAAUAUAUCAAGUGAUAGUACCGAAUAUAAGAAUUAUGAAGAUUAUGAACGGGAACGAUUACAAAAUUUGAAGAAUAAUCAAUUAAUUGAAAGAAUAAAUAAUGCCAAAUUUAAUUCCAAUAAACGGAAAUUUCUAACUAAUGAAACCAUAAUUGAUAAUGCUGAAGAUUUAGAUACUGAUGAUUGGUUAAAUAAUUUAGGUGAAUCUACUGAAUCUAGUAAACCUCACAAGAAACAGAAAACAACGAUUGUUAAAUCAAACCAAAAUGAUACAGGUCCAACUACCACUAUUAUUGGUCAUACUACUAAAGAAUUGCAAUCACUUGGUAAUAAUGAAAUAUUAACAUUGAAAGACACUGAUCUAAUAAACGAUGAUGAUGAAGAUGGAACGGGGAGUAUUUUAAUGAAUCAAGAUUUAUCUAAUAAGGCAAAAUUGAAACGAAAUUUAGCAGAAAGGAAAGAAGCAGAGAAUAUUAAAUUUAAUGGGAGACAUUAUAGAAGAAAUAAUAAAGAAGAAGAAGAAGAGGAGGAGGAAGAGUUUAAUGAUAUUGAUGGGUUAUUAACAAACGAUAAAGUGAUAAUGAGUGGAUCUACUAUUGAUUUAUCUUCAAAUACUGCUAAACCACCACCACCACCAAAGGAUAAAAAGAAGAAUAUGAUGGCAAUUACUAAUUUAUUUGAAGAUCUUGAUAAUGUCACUUUAAGUAAUAAUAACAACAUCAAAUCAAAUGUUCCUAUAAAGAUGAAAAAAAUCAAGAAAAAGAAAGACAAUAACAAGAAGAAGUCAAACAAGUUGAAAUUGUUAGAUGAUAGUAUAAAACCAGUUGAAUUACUGGUAGAAAGUAAUAUUGGUGAUGAUGACGAUAUUGAUGAUAUUGAAAAUCAAUUAUCUAAUAGUAUAUCCAAUUUAAGAACUAAAAAAUUACAAACUAGAUUGGAAUUUACUCCAGAACAAUUAGCUGAAGAAAUAUCUGCUAAUAAACGAUGGGAAUUUGAAAGGAAAUUAGAACAAGAAAACUUGAAAAACAACAACAAUAAUAAUAAUGUAUAUAAUGAUACAAUAGGAUUUUUAAACAAUUUGGAGACUAAUAUUUUGAGUGAAUCAGGUGAAGUUGAAGUUACUGCAAACAUCAAUGAAGAAAGUGCUGAUGAUGAUGAUAAGGAUGAUGUUAAACAACAGGAAGUAGAAUCGAAACAGACUAAUCCUGGAGUGUAUUCUAUUGUUGAAGAGAAACAAAAAGAAGAUGAAGCACCAAAAUUCAGUGGUGGAUUAGCUGAAACUUUAAAAUUUUUGAAAUCUCGUAAUAUAUUAGACCCUGAAUCAAUAACAACCACCAAUGAAGAAUUAAGACAACAAGAAUUGGCUCGAGAAGAAGCAAUCAAAAAAUCCGAAUUAUUAAAAAUGAAAAUCUCAAUUGAAGAAAGAAUCCUUAAAGAAGAAUUAAGUAAAGAUAAAUCAUAUAUUCGUAUGCCUAAAAUUGAACGAUCAGGAUAUUUUGAAAAAUUACUAGACACAAGAUUAAAACAAAAAGGUAUAAUCAUUGAUAAUAAUACAGGUACUACUACUAAGAAGACGAACCUGGGGAUGGUACAAAAUAAUUUGAAAAUUUAUAAUCCAAAAGUUGAAUUAACUUAUAAAGAUGAAUUAGGUAAUGUCUUAAAUACUAAACAAGCUUAUAAACAAUUAUCUCAUAAAUAUCAUGGAACGGGUUUAGAUAAAAAUAAAAAGAAACAAGAACAAUUGAAGAAGAAGCAGCAGCAGCAAAGGGGUAGUAAAUCCACCAAUAUUUCAACAACAUCAACAACGGUUACCGAAAGAGUUAUUAACUAG